CGGAUGUUCCGCGGAACGCUAGUUCGCUCGUGCAGAUAUUGGCUCGGUUCCUGUACUUGUAGGUGGUCGUCUUUUUAUGGAUUUGCCGCAUCGUCGCGAUCGCUGUAUUAUUCCAUUAUUGGGAAGGUAAUCAAAGAGUGAUUACCUACCGAUCAGCGUUGUUGCCGGACGGGCGUGGUUGGGCCGAAAAGAAGUGAGAGUGCUGAGUUAAAGGGGUGGGUAACGAACUGGUCUAUAAAAGUAAAUGUUUAAACUUUUCCAUGCUGAGUUCAGUUUUGUGUGAUUUGUUGUGCUUGGUGAUAAUUCAAGUGUAAAGAAGUAAUAAGUGCUGACUCUGCUGCUGGGCAGGUGAAAUAAAUAUUGCUGUUCGUUAAGAAUACUGCUGAAUAGAGAUUCCACAAUCGAAAGGCAAUUUAGAACAAUAUCUGAUUGGCGAAUGGUUUCUUCCUUAAUUUUUUCUUCACAUUCAAAAUUUGAAGCAUUCCUCAAAUACUGAUCGUUCCGAGGGCAACCACCUCGGGCCCAUCAAACAGCCUCUAUCCUGGAGAUAAAAUUCUAACACACGAUCGCAAAUGUCAAAACCGAAAGACGUGGAAAUGAACACAAUGCACCGGGUUGAUUCGGCCAAUCGAUUCCAGGUCAAUCCAGUCAGUCUUGAUCACCCAGAUGGUGGUGGUGGCGGUACCAACGGCCACGCAGAUGCCACCACCGAUGAUGACACAUUCCCGGAAGAGCUGGUUAAACGUCGGACAUCGAGGCUCCAGUCAUUGCGGACCAGCUUCCGCGACAAGGAGCGAAAGAACUCCCAAACCACACGUUUCAAGAUGGAAAAUGGGAACGCGUCCGAUUCCAACGAAGACGAAGAGGACAAUUUGAUAGACGAUAACAAAUACGCAAGGAGCUUCAGACACUUCACAAGAGAAGCCCUACCACGGGCCGAUAACUACAGGAACAUCCUCUCCUUCCAAGCCAACAAUCGCCCUACUUUGGAUGAGCUUCACCAUGCUUCAAUCACGAAUAAGGAAACCAUGCGGCGCGGAACGGUCCACGUGGAUGUGGGCGAGGGAGAGGGCUUCCUGAAGUUCGGUUGGAUCAAGGGCGUCCUGAUGCGCUGCCUGUUGAACAUCUGGGGCGUGAUGUUGUUCCUGCGACUGAGUUGGGUCGUCGGCCAGGCCGGCGUCAUCCAGGGGGUGGUACUGAUUUCGACUACCACCGUAGUGACGGUGAUUACCGCCCUCUCGAUGUCGGCCAUCAGCACGAACGGUGUGAUAAAGGGUGGUGGGACGUACUACAUGAUAUCACGCUCGUUGGGACCGGAGUUUGGCGGGUCGAUCGGGUUGAUUUUCUCGCUGGCCAACGCCGUUGCCUGUGCUAUGUACGUGGUCGGGUUCUGCGAAUCAAUGACCGACAUGUUGACAUCGUUCGGACUGGCAAUAAUCGACGGUGGAGUACAGGACAUUCGGAUCAUUGGAGUGAUCACGGUUGUGAUAUUGCUGGGUAUCGUCGUUAUUGGAAUGGAGUGGGAGGCUAAGGCGCAGGUCGUUUUGCUGAUCAUUCUGUUGAUUGCCAUUGCUGAUUUUAUGAUUGGAACUAUUAUUGGACCUAAGUCAGAUUUGGAUAUUGCUAGAGGAUUUGUUGGCUAUAAUGGAACCCUUCUUAUGGAAAAUUUACAAUCCGAUUAUCGGCCGGUUAAGGGCACGGUUCACGAUUUCUUCUCAGUUUUCGCCAUUUUCUUCCCAGCUGCAACUGGUAUUCUGGCAGGUGCUAACAUCAGCGGAGAUUUGAAGGACCCCUCGAAGGCCAUUCCCAAGGGUACCAUCCUGGCCAUCGUACUGACGUCCUUAUCGUACGUUACAAUGGCCGUUAUGGCUGGUGCAACAGUAGUGCGUGACGCCACCGGAAACGUCACCGAUAUGGCUAAUGGAUCUUGGGCAUUCGCUGAGUGUGCUCCUGAAGAGUGUAAAUACGGCUUGCACAAUUCGUUCCAGGUCAUGGAGCUGGCAUCCGCUUUCGGACCCAUCAUUUACGCUGGUUGUUUUGCAGCUACUUUGUCCUCAGCUCUCGCCAGUUUGGUGUCCGCACCGAAGGUCUUUCAAGCACUCUGCAAGGACAAACUCUACCCGAAGAUCGGCUGGUUCGGCAAGGGUUUCGGACCGAACAACGAACCAGUCCGGGGAUACAUUCUGACCUUUGUGAUUUCUGUAGCUGUGAUUCUGAUUGGUGAGCUGAAUUUGAUCGCUCCCUUGAUUUCGAAUUUCUUCCUUGCUGCCUACUGCCUGGUGAACUUCAGCACAUUCCAUGCCAGCAUAGCAAAGCCCGUUGGUUGGCGACCAACAUUCAAGUAUUACAACAAGUGGCUCAGUUUGAUUGGUACAAUUUUGUGUAUUGCCGUAAUGUUUUUGAUUUCAUGGCCGACGGCUUUGAUAACAUUCGCAGUUGUAGUCACUUUGUACCUUUUCGUAUCCUACCGAAAGCCGGAUGUUAACUGGGGAUCAACAACGCAAGCGCAAAUCUACAAGAAUGCCCUUUUGUCUGUGCAGCAGCUCAACAAUGUGGAAGAUCACGUCAAGAAUUAUCGGCCACAAAUCUUAGUUAUGUCCGGUCACCCAGGCAGCCGACCACUGUUGGUCCACUUUUCCUACCUGCUAACUAAGAAUCUUUCGUUGAUGGUUUGCGGUCAGGUGAACAAAGCACAAACAUCCCAGAAGUUCCGAAACUAUCUUCAACGGAAAGCCAACGAUUGGUUCCGCCGGCACAAGGUUAAGGGUUUCUACACUUACGUGGAUGAUAAUGAUUUCGAAACAGGAACUCGUGCGGCCAUGCAAGCAAGCGGAAUAGGCAAGCUGCGCCCCAACCUGCUGUUGCUGGGCUAUAAGAACGAUUGGAAGAAAUGCGAUUCGGUUGAACUGGAACAGUACUUCACAGUGGUGCACAAAGCUUUAGACAUGUACUUAUCGGUGGCGAUUUUGAGAGUUGCCAAAGGUUUGGAUUACGCUCAGGUGCUUGGGGAGGACACCGUGGCAAAGCAAAUUAGCGAGACGCCUCGCACGCUGCUGCACAACGAUAGCUCGAACGAUCUGGCUGGACAGAAUAAGAUAAGUUCGUUGCACGGAAGCUGUGACUCUUUGAGUCGCAACAUAUCGCAAGGACACGAGCGGAAUAAUGUUCACGAGAAGAACGAAAAGAAUCUCAAAGCCAGCAGCACCAGCGAUUUGACCACAGGAACGCCACGCAUACAGACCGUGUCCGGAAUGCCAGACCCGAUGGACAUCAAUGCGAAAUUGUUGAACGAAACCAAUAAUCGCUCGCUGAAACGUACCAACAACGAUCCGGCUCUACUCUAUCGGGGUCCAGGUGGUGCCGAACUGCCAAAAGAAGUCUUGGAGGAACUUACCCAGUUCACGAGCAAAAAGAAACAUGGUAUUAUCGAUGUCUACUGGCUGUACGACGACGGAGGUCUCACCCUGCUGCUGCCGUACAUCAUCAGCACCCGGCGCAACUGGAGCUCGUGCAAGUUGCGAGUGUUUGCCCUGGCCAACCGGAAAAACGAGCUGGAAUUCGAGCAGCGUAACAUGGCCAGUUUGUUGGCCAAAUUCCGCAUCGACUAUUCCGACCUGACGCUGCUGCCGGACGUGAACAAGAAACCAUCUCAAGUGAUGGCCGGAUUCUUCAAGGAACUUGUUCGAGAGUUCUCUGGCGAAGAUGGCAUAAUUUCCGAUGCGGAACUGUUGGCCGUCCAAGCAAAAACGAACCGCCAUCUGAACAUUCGCGAGUAUCUACUGGAGCACUCGCAAAAGUCGGACCUGGUCGUAAUGACUCUGCCGAUGCCGCGGAAGGGAGUUGUCUCGGCUCCGCUGUACAUGGCUUGGUUGGAAACUUUGAGCCAGGGAAUUUCGCCGUUCCUGUUCGUCCGUGGCAACCAAACCAGCGUACUGACGUUCUACUCUUAAACUCAUGCAGCCGUCACUAAUAUUCUCCCGUCUCGAGAAGGACGUCAAUUUGCACACUUUCAUGCUGUUGUAGUUUUCGCCUGAGAUGGACCAUUCCAGCCACAUUGUAUCGUAUCACAUGGAUUAGACGCCUUUGAAACAUCGAGCGAGUGAAACGUACACCUCCAUAACUUAUUUCCAUUAUUGUGGUUUCAUCGAGAAACGUUUCGCAAUAUCGUAGUAUAUAGAAUAUAUUCAAGUGCCUCAGAGAGAUUGUUGCAUCGAUUUCACAUAGAAAAACCAACAAUUGUAUUAUAAUAAUUUGUAAAAUUGAAAUGUAUUUCAUAAUAUUUUUGUUAUUUUUGUUGUAUUAAUGUAUGAGAUUCGUCUGAAAAAAAAUCUUUGGUUUCACUUCAA